AUGUCACGAUUUGUGGAGAUCUUUGUUCCGGUACUUCAGGAGUACAUGGGCAAUGUUAUCGGAGCUAGGGGAAGAAAUAUAAUUCAAAUUAAACGAGAGACAGAUACAAGGAUUGUUUCUUGUAAUGGAGAUAACUUGGGAAGAGAAUCUGGUUUUACAGUCACCGGGUCUGCAACUGGUUGUGAAGCAGCACGACAGGCUAUAAGAUGUUGUGUAGUAA